AUGCCCAGGAUCGCAGGAACCAUUCCAGAAAUGUAUAUGAAUCAAAAAAGGGAGAACCUUUCCUCCAUCCAGCCAUCAAAAAGGGAGAAUUUGUUCCAAAAUUUCACAAACCUACUACUCUCCCGAAAAUUUUGCCCACAAGGCUCAAAGAAGUUUGUUAAGAAAAGCUGGCAUCGAUAUGUACCAAAAAAAAAAAGACAAAUGAUUGAGAUCCAAGACUUAUUUGGCCAAAACAUACGUACACAGAAAAAGCCUCAAUUAGUCAUAAUAGGGGGGGCUGCUGGAAUUGGGAAGUCAAUGCUGGCCAUGGAGGUGAGGAGAGCCUGGAAGGAAGGCCAGCUCUACAGGGAUCGCUUCCAGCAUGUCUUCUUCUUCAGCUGCAGAGAGCUGGCCCAGUGCAAGCAGCUGAGUCUGGCUGAGCUCAUAGAACAAGGCCAGGAAGUGCCCACAGCUCCCAUCAGGCAGAUCCUGUCUCACCCUGAGAAGCUGCUCUUCAUUCUGGAUGGCAUAGAUGAGCCAGCAUGGGUUUUGAAGGACAAGAAUCCUCAGCUAUGUCCGCACUGGAGUCAAACACAGACUGUGCACACACUGCUGGGAAGUUUGCUGGGAAAAUCCAUCCUUCCUGGUGCUUCCUUCCUGCUCACAGCUCGGAACACAGCUCUGCAGAAGCUUAUUCCUUCCUUGAAGCAGCCACAUCAGAUGGAAGUUCUAGGAUUCUCUGUGUUGGGACGGGAAAACUAUUUCUACAAAUAUUUUGUGAAGGGAAGAGAUGCAAUUACUGCAUUUAGAUUGGUUAAAUCAAACCCAGUGCUCCUGACUCUGUGUGAGGUUCCCUGGGUGUGCUGGCUGGUCUGCAAUUGCCUGGAAAAGCAGAUGGAACAAGGAAGAGUACUCUCACUGACCUCAGAGACCACCACAGCCCUCUGCCUGAAAUACCUUUCACUGAAAAUCCAAGGCCAGUACAUGAGGAUCCAGCUCAGAGCCCUCUGCUCACUGGCUGCUGAGGGAAUCUGCCAAAGAAGGACCCUGUUCAGUGAAAAUGACCUCUGUAACCAAGGGUUUGCAGAGGAUGCCAUUGCCACUUUCCUGAAGAUUGGUGUCCUUCAAAAGCAGCCCAGCUCUCUGAGCUACAGCUUUGCCCACUUGUGUCUCCAGGAGUUCUUUGCAGCAAUGUCCUACAUCUUGGAGAACAGUGAGGAAAGACAUGGUGAUAUGGAAGAUGACAGAAUUGUGAAAACACUGGUAGAACAGUAUGGAAGAGAAAACCUGUUUGAGGCACCCACUGUGCGCUUCCUAUUUGGUCUUUUGAAUAAACAGGGAGUGAGAGAAAUGGAAAAGAUCUUUGGCUGCAAGCUUCCUAGGAAGACAACGUUGAAGCUGCUAUGGAGAAUCAUAGGGGACUCACCCUAUCAACUUCAUCAUCUGGGUUUGUUCCACUGUCUGUUUGAGAAUCGGGAAGAGAAGCUCCUGACACAGGUGAUGUAUAAUCUUCACUUAACAGAGCCUAGCCCAAAUUACAUGGAAGCCACAUUGUUCCAGACAAACGUGAAUCACCUGGUGGUACAGACAGACAUGGAGCUCAUGGCCGUCACUUUCUGCCUUAAGUUCUGCUAUCAGGUGACCACUCUUCAGCUGAACAGAAAAGGGCCGCAGGGACAUGAGUUGACGCCCCGCAGGAUGGUUCUGUACAGGUGGACCCCAAUCACUGAUGCCAGUUGGAAGAUUUUAUUCUGCAAUCUCAAAUUCACCAGAAACCUGAAGGAGCUGGACCUAAGUGGAAAUCCACUGAGCUAUUCUGCAGCAUGUAGUCUUUGUAAGGCCCUGAGGCACCAUGGCUGGCAACUAAAGACCUUGUGGCUUGUUGACUGUGGCCUAACAUCCACACACUGCUCACUCCUGGCCAACGUGCUCAGUGUCCACUUCAGCCUGACUGAGGUAGACCUGCAGCUGAAUGACCUGGGUGAUGAUGGUGUGAGGCUGCUGUGUGAGGGGCUCAGGAAUCCUGACUGCAACCUCAGAAUCCUAUGGCUGGACCAGGCCUCUCUCAGUGACCAGGUGAUUACAGAGCUCAGGACCCUGGAGGCAAAGUAUCCGAAGCUGCUCAUCUCCAGCACAUGGAAGCCACAUGGAAUGGUCCCUACUACAAACAUGGAUAAAAAAAAAAAUCUUGUUGAAGAAGCGAUAUUGACCUUUCAUCCAUGCUGUCCUGUUUCUCCAGGAGAUAAACUCAUAGAACCUCUGGGGACUGAGAAUGACUUCUGGGGCCCUACAGGACAUGUGGCUACUGAAGUGGUUGACAGAGAGAGAAACAUGUACCGAGUUCAGUUGCCCGUGGCUGGCUCCUACCACUGUCCCAGCACAGGACUCCACUUUGUGGUGACAAGGGCAGUGACAAUCGAGAUUAAAUUCUGUUCCUGGAGCCAAUACCUGGACAAGACUCCCUUGCAACACAGUCUCAUGGUGGUUGGACCUCUGUUUGACAUCAAGGCUGAGCAAGGAGCUGUGACUGCUGUGUACCUCCCUCAUUUUGUGGCUCUCCAAGAUGGAAAGGUGGACACCUCCUUGUUCCAUGUUGCCCACUUUCAAGAACAUGGAAUGGUCCUAGAAAUCCCAGCAAGAGUGGAACAGCAUUAUGCAAUACUGGAAAAGCCAAGCUUCUCCCCAGUGGGAGUUCUACUGAGAUUGAUUCCUGCUGUUGGACAAUUCAUCCCCAUCACUUCCAUCACAUUGAUCUACUAUCACCUCUAUCUCAAGGACGUCACCUUUCACCUUUACCUGGUCCCCAAUGACUGCACUAUUCAGAAGGCAAUUGAUGAUGAAGAAAUGAAGUUUCAGUUUGUGCGCAUAAACAAGCCACCUCCAGUGGACACUCUUUAUGUUGGUUCCCGCUAUAUCGUGUCUGGCUCCAAAAAGGUGGAAAUUAUCCCAAAGGAACUGGAGCUGUGCUACCGAAGCCCUGGGGAAUUCCAGCUCUUUUCUGAGAUCUACGUUGGUCACAUGGGUUCAGGGAUUAAACUGCAACUCAGAGACAAGAGGCAUAUGAAACUCAUAUGGGAGGCCUUGCUGAAACCAGAGUUUAACUUGGACCAUCUGUGUGACCAAGAGUUUUGUACUAUCCUGAAGAACAUAGUGAUCACACCUACAGGAGACCUCAGACCUGCUCUGCCCAUGAAUGCACAAGCCUGUAAAGAUGCUCCUUCCUUGAUACACUUCAUGGACCAGCAUCGGGAGCAGCUGGUGGCCCGAGUGACAUCAGUGGACCCUCUACUGGACAGGCUGCAUAAUCUGGUGCUGAGUGAAGAAUCAUAUGAGGCAGUGCGGGCUGAGACCACAAACCAAGACAAGAUGAGGAAGCUCUUCAGCUUCAGCCGAUCCUGGAGUCAAGCCUGCAAAGACCAAUUCUACCAAGCUCUGAAGGAGACCCAUCCUCACUUAGUCAUGGACCUCCUGGAGAAGUCAGGCAGGGUCUCUUUGGGAUCCUGACAUCGGUCAUCAAGUGCUCUGUCUGACCCAUGUCUCCAUAU